AUCGCCCUCCUCACUUUUAGCUCAGUUCCGUUGUCAAAGUUUGCUCCUCGUCCUCUGACGGACAAAGCAGCCAUCUGAGUACAACAUGCCGGGCUUCCCCCUGUUCGCGGUCCUCGCCCUUGCUGCAGUCUCUGCGUCGCAAGAAGAGCUGAUUGAUGACAUUCUCAGCAGCCUGUCCAAGGGCGCAUCUUUCCUGGAGGAAGAGCAUCAGAAUAUCAACCUGGACGGGGUGGUGGGAUUCUUGAUUCUGCAGGCUGAGCUGAAGAAAGCAGUUCUGACCUGGCCUCACACUGACCCAGUCAGCUGGGCACAGAGAACCUCUGCUGUGGCUUUGCUCAAACGGCUGGACCAGAGCCUGGCCAAGGCUGUGACAGCUCUGCAGCACAACGACCCCAAGUACUACCGAGAGUUUGAGCCCCUGCUGACAUGGAGGUUCUGGUUGGUACCUCAGGAGUGGAGCUCAACAGAUCCCAGUCUGGCCUACUCCUCCACAAGGACCAUGGAGUGCUACGAUGAGCAGCUCAGCGACAAGUGCAUGACCCUGCUGCUGGGAACCUGGAAAAACAAUGGGACGCCCUGCAUCGUGACCAAGUCCUGUCGAGACACCAUGACUCGCUUUGGCUGUCCACACUACUCGCUCUCCCACCAGCUGCUGUACUUCAUGAUUGGCAUGAUGAAAGGCUGCUCCAGCAUGCUGAAGGGCGACAUGCGAGCGUCACGGGUCAACAUGACUGAGCGGCACUACCAGAAGAUCUUCUGCUCCAACAUGAUGAAGAGCAACCUGGAGACCAUUAAAGAUGGCUUCAGUGGACAGACACAGGACAUCUUCAUUGAAAACAUCCUGCUGUGUGGAUUGGCUGGCUUCUCUGACUUCUACAAAGCAGAUUGGCUGCAGCAUAUUUUCAAGCUGCAGGAUCAGGAAGUGGGAUGUUUUGGGAGAGAUGAGAGAGUUAUCUCCCAGAUUAUUGGAGAUGAGCUCCUGGAACAACUGCAGCCCCAAAGGAGAGUGAAGAGGAGGGAGAAGACCCUACGAGAUGGUUGUUCCAGUCACAUGACAGGUGUGGCAGUUAGCGCACUGGGAGGAUACCUGAACUACUACCUGACAGAACAAGACAUAACCAAGAGGCCGCUCUCCUGAAUGCCACUCACUCUGCCACAGCUUGGUGUGUGUUCAGGAGAGCAUGAUGUUUUGGAUGGCUGUGUUCUAUAUGCAUCUGGGCUGGCGACUGUUCUGACAUGAAACACUGCUUUAUUAUGAACUUAGUCAUAAGACGCUUAGUCAUAAGAGUGUUUAAUUAAUAAAAUGCUGGGUCUGUGUUUGCUUGGUACACAAC